AUAGUUUUGUUCGUCAUUUCCUUUUCGCGGGUAAAUCAUAUGGCGAACAUGAUUUUUAACCGUGCCGGUUAUGAGCUUGAGCGAAAAUCAUUCGCACUGAAGUGAUUACGACGCUUUGAAAACAUUCGAGAGGACAACAUGCAUGUAGUCAAACGAGAUGGACGCAAGGAGCCUAUGCAUUUCGACAAGAUAACUGCGAGAAUCGAGACACUAUGUUAUGGAUUGGAUAUGAAUUAUGUGGAUCCAUCUGCGAUUGCACAUCCAGUUAUUAACAGCUUGUGUUCUGGGGUGACAACUAUUGAACUGGACAACUUGGCAGCUCAGACUGCGGUGACUAUGAUCAAUCAACAUCCAGAUUAUGCAAUCUUAGCAGCUAGAAUUGCCAUAUCCAAUUUGCAUAAGGAAACGAAAAAGGUUUUUAGUGAAGUGAUAGCUGACUUGUAUUAUGCAAAAAACCCAGUCACAAAUAAACGUUUAUUUAUAAUCUGUGAAAAGUAUUAUGAAAUCAUUCAAAGAAAUGCAGACAAACUAAAUUCUGCAAUAAUAUAUGAUAGAGACUUUAAUUAUAGUUAUGCUACAUUUAAAAUGCUCGAGAGUGAUUAUUUGUUAAGACUGAGUGGAAAAGUUGUUGAGAGACCACAGCACAUGUUGAUGCGAGUAGCUGUAGGUAUUCAUGGUGAAGACAUUGAUAAAGCUAUCGAGACGUAUAAUUUUAUGUCAAAACAAUAUUUUAUACAUUCUGCACAAACAAUAGCUACUGCAUGCACUACUGUGCGACAAAUGGCUAGCUCAUUUUUAUUGACAAUGUCCGAUGAUAGCAUUGAUGGAAUAUUGGAUACAUUAGAAAGAUUUGCUGUACUUUGUCAUCAUAAUGGAGAAAUAGGAUUCAAUGUACAUUGCAUUCGGGCAAAGAAUACACCUAUAAGAGGUACAGGAGGUGUAUCAAAUGGAUUGGUACCUAUGUUAAAGGCAUAUAAUACGUCUAUUGCAACUGUUUCCAAAAAUGGCAAGAAUGAAGGACCAAUUACUGUGUAUCUAGAACCAUGGCAUGCUGAUAUCUUUGAAUUUUUGGAUCUCAAAAGGAGUAUUGGUGAAGAGCAAUUGAGAGCUAAGGGUAUGUGUUAUGCAUUAUGGAUUCCAGAUUUAUUCAUGAAACGUGUUUUUGAUGAUGAUAUAUGGAGUUUAAUGUGUCCACAUGAAUGCCCCGGUUUAAUUGAAGCUUGGGGCAAUGAAUUUGAAGAUUUAUAUACUAGGUAUGAGAAAGAAGAUCGUUCUCGAAGACAAGUUAAAGCUAGAGACUUAUGGUUUCUCAUCACACAGAUACAAUUCGAAACAGGAGUACCAUACAUUGUUUAUAAAGAUCAUUGUAAUCGCAAAUCAAAUCAUCAGAAUUUAGGCACGAUUAAAUGCAGCAGUUUUUCCACUGAAAUUGUUCAGUAUUCAAAUUCCAAUGAAGUUGCCCUGUGUAAUACAGCUUCAAUUGCUGUCAAUAUGUUUGUCAAUUCUAUCAAGAGAACUUUCGAUUUCUAUAAACUUAAAGAAGUGACAAAAAUUCUUACUUACAAUUUGGAUAAAAUGAUCGAUGUUAAUUUUUAUCCUCUCCCAGAGGCAAAAGUGUCGGUUAAUAAACAUAGAUCUAUUGGAAUUGGAAUACAAGGAUUAGCAGAUGCAUUUAUUUUAAUGAGAUAUCCAUUUGAAAGUAAAGAAGCUAAUGAAUUAAAUAUUCAAAUUUUUGAGACUCUUUAUUAUGGUGCUCUAGAAGCUAGUUGCGAAAUAGCUGCUGAAAAAGGUCCUUAUAAGUCAUAUGAAAAUAGUCCGAUCAGUAAGGGUAUUCUGCAAUACGACAUGUGGAAAAUAAGACCAACAAAUUUAUGGGAUUGGGAUAUUUUAAAGGCAAAGAUUGCCAAACAUGGAAUGCGCAAUUCUUUGUUAAUAGCGCAAAUGUCGGAUGAGUUUAUGGCGCAAAUGUUAGAAAAUAACGUAUCGGUUGAACCAUAUGCGAGUAACAUAUGUAUGAUACAUGCAUUGUCAAAACAAUAUCCGGUUGUUAAAUCACGUUUGUUACGAGAUUUAAUUGAGAAAGAUCUUUGGGAUGAAAACAUGUAUAAUAAAAUUAUUACUAAUGACGGGUCCAUACAAGACAUUGAAGAGAUACCUAAAGAUUUGAAGCUGCUUUAUAAAACGGUUUGGGAGAUGCCACAAAAAAUUAUUUUUGAUAUGGCAGCUUCUCGUGGACCUUUUAUCGACCAGUCGCAAUGUUUAAAUGUCCACGUAAUUGACCCAUUAGAAAAGCUAUCAUCUAUACACUUUUAUGCCUGGGAAAUUGGCUUAAAAAUCCAGUAUGUAUCAUCUCAUAACUAACAGCAAUAAUGUAAAAUAGAAUAAACUAUGAUAAUUAAAAAGUUAAUAAUAAGUUCAAAUAAAUUACAUAAGAUGCAUAUAUAUCCAA